GUUGCUGGUCCAGCGUCCAAGGCCGGUAAAAAGCAGGUGAACCGCUUAACGAGUUUACAGGUGACAACAAAGUCAAAUGUAUGUGUAACAGAAGCAACAAGCCUAGCCCCCUUUUUGGGCCAGAAUGCUGAGCAACUUAUAAAAGUAAGAGUGGCCCUGCCCAAACCAGAUCAAUCGUUUUGGCGUUGUUGUGUAGUUAUCACCUGUGUGAGAAUUCAGUCUCGGACUUUUUAGCUCAAGCGAAAUGUGUCGCUCCUUCAGCUCCGCGUCCAUGUUGUUUUUCAUAGGGAUGAUCGCUCUGUCUGGGUUGAUUGUCAACUCGGCAGACACUGCCGCAGCCAAUCGGACGGUUUACCCGAAAACUUAUUUCAAAAACAAGUCGGGCUCCUCCACUUAUUCCGCCACAACUUACAGACCCAUUGCUGUACCACCUGCAACAACCUACAAACCAAUUGUGCCAACAACAACUUACAAACCAGCCGUAACAACUUACAAAUCACCUGUAGCUCCUGCAGUCACUUACAAGCCCGUGGUUGUCCCAGUAACGACAACCUACAAACCAGCCGUUGCUCCAGCGGUUAAAGUAGGAUCGUACACCAACACUUUCUUCAAAUCCAAAUCGGCCCAACCGUCUGCCACUUACAACAGACCAGCAGUGGUCCCGCUGGUCCCAGCCUACAAGCCAACAGCACCCCCAACAACAACAACAACCACUUACAAACCCCCUGCUGUGGCACCAGUCGUCACGUACAAACCCGCAGUUGUCGCACCGGUGACUUACAAGCCUGCGGUCGCCACACCAACAACGCCAGCAGCUCCGGCCAAAGGAUUGUACAAAAACACCUUUUUCAAAUCCAAAGCCUCGGUACAAAAGUACAACAACGACAAGCCAACAACAGUUGCAUCUGCCACUACCUACAAGCCAUCGGUGGUCGCCCCGGCUAAAAUCCACAAACCCAAAGAUGCAGCCGAAGAGAAAAAGGACAAGAAGAAAGAAUUGUACACCAACACUUAUUUCAAAAUCAAAUCGACCGAGAAACCCACUGUGGAGAAACACGUUCACAAAUCGCAUUCCAACGAUUCGUCGUCAUCUGAGGAAUCGUCGGAGGAAACGCACGGAUUAUUAGGCGGAUCGUCCGAAUCGUCGGAGGAGUCGUCGUCCAAGUCGUCGGAAGAAGAAGGAUCGGGAUCGUCGGAAGAGAAAGAAGAAGAAGAAGAAGAAAGCAAAGAAGAAGAAAAAGAAAAUGAAGAAGAGGAGAAAUCCAAGGAAGGCGAAGAAGAAGAGGAAUCGAAAGAAGGUGAAGAAAACGAAACAGAUGAUGAAAAGGAAGAAGAAGAAGAAGAGGAAAAUGACAAAGACAAGAAAGAAACAAAAGUAGAAGAAAAGAAAGAAGAAGACAAGAAAGACGACAAGAAAGAAGAAGAGAAUAAAAAGGAAGAGAAGAAAGAGGAUAAAGCACCCAAAUCGGAAGUGAAACCCGUUAAAAAAGACGAAACCGUAACCAUGGCACCCGCCCAGCCAGCAGCUGUUAAGCAAAUCGUCGUCCCAGUCGCUCCCGCUGACAAGAAGAAUACCAAACCAGUGUUUUUGGCUUUUAAAAAGAUGAAGAAAAAUUUCGUUCCCGCAUGAAUUACCGAUCCCCCUGAUGGCAAUAAAGAAAUUCGACCACAAAUUAUCUUAUAGUUAUAGCCAACAACGCUCAAUUUUUUCGACAGAUUCGCUAUUAUUUUACCUCACCUGGAUUAUGAUUUUAAUGUUUUAACUACCCAGGCAAGAGGAACUGUGUCUCGUCGAUCAUUCGAUAGUAGGCACUUCAUUACUGAAAUCAGAACCACUUCAACUAAUUUAAUUUUCAAUUCAAUAAUUUAAUAAUGAAAUGGAUAAAUAGGAGAACUGAUAAUCUAAAUAAACUUAUAUGGCAAAAGAGCUUAAUUUAGUCGCCAAAGGCGACGCCUGUAUCUGUCGGUAUGUAAUCGUCACUCUUGUUUGUUUGUUCCGGUCUAUUAUUAUGUACAUGAUAGCGCGUAACCCACAAAAAGAGCCCAGAAAAUUGUCAAUACAUUAUUUGAUCCCCCAAAA